GUCGCUCUGUCACAUCACGUCUUGCCUGGCUGCUGGAAGGUUAGAAGAUGGCUGUGAACAAGUGUGUCAAGUACCUGCUCUUCCUCUUCAACCUACUGUUCUGGAUGAGUGGAUGCAUCAUUCUUGGGGUCUCCAUCUACCUCAAAGGGAGCAUUGGAAAUGCGUUCGGGCAGGUGGUACCGGGGGUAAACCUGCUGAUAGCCGUCGGUACCAUCAUCAUGGUGCUGGGCUUCCUGGGCUGCUUUGGAGCCAUCAGGGAAAGCCGCGUCAUGCUCAUGCUGUUCUUCGUCGGGCUGCUCCUCAUCUUCACUCUCCUGGUGAUCGCUGGAAUCCUGGGAGCUGUCGGAGUGAAGAAGAUUGACGAACGGUUGAAGCAGUUGAUGGAGAAGCUGCUACCACUGAGGAACCAGUCGGCUGAAUUCCAGACGUUCAUGCAGAAACUGGAAGUGCAGGCAAAGUGUUGUGGACUGAUCAACGGACCUUCAGACUGGGGCUCACCAGUCCCCGCCUCUUGUGACUGCGUUGACACCACUCAGGAGUGCAAACUCGCAGAUGGACGCCAAGUGUACUUGAAGCCUUGUAUCAAGUUGGUGACGUCCGUCAUGGUGAAGGGUGCAUUCGUUACCCUGGGGAUUGCAUUUGGCAUCGCGGUCUUGUUGAUCUUUGGAAUGGCCUUCGCCAUGACCCUGUACUGCCAGAUUGGGAAUAUGUAUACCACCUUAUCCUAGGUACAGCUGCACUAUACUAUACCACCUUAUCCUAGGUACAGCUGCACUAUACUAUACCACCUUAUCCUAGGUACAGCUGCACUAUACUAUACCACCUUAUCCUAGGUACAGCUGCACUAUACUAUACCACCUUAUCCUAGGUACAGCUGCACUAUACUAUACCACCUUAUCCUAGGUACAGCUGCACUAUACUAUACCACCUUAUCCUAGGUACAGCUGCACUAUACUAUACCACCUUAUCCUAGGUACAGCUGCACUAUACUAUACCACCUUAUCCUAGAUACAGCUGCACUAUACUAUACCACCUUAUCCUAGGUACAGCUGCACUAUACUAUACCACCUUAUCCUAGGUACAGCUGCACUAUACUAUACCACCUUAUCCUAGGUACAGCUGCACUAUACAAAACACUCCCACCCUGUUGAAUGUUGUUAUGAACUGUAAUGCAUCCAUUCUGUUUUUCUAUAUCAUAUACCUGCGCCAAAUGACAAUCUGAUUUGGGUUUCUGAUUUCUGAUUAAUGAUGGCAGUUUCUUGACCUGAAGUUGAUUAAUACAUAUCUCAUUGAAUAUUGCAUUUAUGCAUUUUUAAAGGAACUCUGUACAUUAGUUUUUAUACUGCUCAAUACUUUUCUCUGAAGUAGGUGACUGUGGUGGUCAUACACUCAGUGGUGUAAAGUACUUAAGUAAAAAUACUUUAAAGUACUACUUA